AUGUCGUGCUUCACGCAGCUGUGGCACUCCAACACGCCCGACUCUCCCACCAGCCCAGUCCCGGCAUCUCCAAGUGAAAUCCCCAUCCCCAUCAGCCCCAUUGUUGUCACCUCCCCAGGGGAUGGCAAGAGGAAGGCGAGGUCCCCAACCGACAAGCCGGGCUCUCCGAACCCAACGUCUCCGAAGCCGACCUCCCCCGUCGAGUGUUCCAUUUGCUUCAACACCUACGACAACACCUUCAAGACGCCCAAGCUGCUCCAGUGCUCCCACGUUUUCUGCCUGGAGUGCGUGGCCCGCCUGAGCACGGGGCUACCCCCGAAUCAACCAGAGGACCAGCUCCCCUGUCCCUUCUGCAGGCAGCUGACCAGCAUCCCUCUGGAAGGUGCCCCAGCACUCGAGACCAGCAAAGAGCUCCUCGCCACGCUGCCUCCCGAACUCCAGCAGGAGAAGGUGCUCUGGAUGGAAGGGACCAAGCUCUGCUGCCGUCAGGCAUCCGAUGACCCCGAGAACCCAGACUCGUGCAUCUCCAUCGACGUCGCCAUGAGCAAGCCAGAAACUCCGGAGGCUCCCCCGGCGGGGAUAGCUGGGAGGCUGUCCCGCUGCGACAUGUGCGACGACUGGAAACGCAUAGUCCUCCUCUCCGCCUUGAUCAUCAUCCUGUUCUGCAUCAUUCUGUGGCCGGUCCAGUGUGCCCUGAAGACGGGGAACCUCCGCUGCUUCACGAGGACUGUUGCAAUGAGCAGGCCGGAGUAUCUUCCCCCGAAACACACCACAGCGGCAACACCCGUGACACAACUCCCUUUCCCGUAG